ACGGCGCGACGUCUGCCGUAGAUCGCAUCCAUCGCAGAACGAUCCACAGAUCCAACUGCAUUCAUUCCAUUGAGGACACUUGUUCCGCACGAGUCACACACUCAACUUACUAUUAUUACAUUCCCUGUUUCCUGGCUCUUUUUCCAAGUGUUUUCAGAGCACAGAUCGGCUUGAGCUAGUAUUUAAAAAAAAGCAAACUGCUGAGGAAGAUGUCCUAUAAAUUCAUCAACGGUUACACGAACGGGUUCGGCGACGUGCACGUCGUCGACCUGAGGAGCGACACGAUCAGCAAGCCCACGCAGGAGAUGCGCGAAGCCAUGUACACGGCCGAGGUCGGAGAUUCCGUCUACGGCGAGGACCCCACCGUCACCGAGCUGGAGCGAAGAGCUGCCGAACUCUUGGGCAAAGAGGAUGCAGUCUACGUACCCUCCGGUACCAUGGCAAAUCUCCUUGCAAUUAUGAUCCAUUGCAAACAAAGAGGCAGCGAGUUGAUCUGCGGCGACCACGGACACACUUUCCGCUUCGAACAAGGCGGUCCUUCGUUCAUCGCCGGAGUUCAGUCCGCGCUGGUGAAAACUCAGGAGGACGGCACCUUUGACCUGGACGAAGUUAGGUCGAAGAUCCGCAUCGACCCUGAUUGCCACGAGCCCAUCACCUCGCUGAUCGUCGUCGAGAACACGCACAACAUGAAGGGAGGAAAGGUUUUGCCCAUCGAAUGGCUGGACAAGCUGUCGAUGCUCGCUAAGCAGCACCAGAUCCCGGUGCACAUGGACGGCGCGAGGGUGAUGAACGCAGCCGUCGCAUCUAAGCUGCCCCCAAGUCGUAUUGCUAGGGACAUGGAUUCGAUCUGUUUCUGCUUGAGCAAAGGGUUGGGCGCUCCCGUUGGGUCUUUGCUCUGCGGCACCAAGUCUUUUACUGCUAUGGCCAGGAGGUACAGGAAAGCCCUAGGCGGAGGCAUGAGGCAGUGCGGAAUCGUGGCCGCCGCCGGUCUCGUCGCCCUCGACAAGAUGAUCGAUCGCCUCAAGGUCGAUCAUGAUCAUGCCUACAAGAUCGCAAAAGCGAUUGAUGACAUGAAGUCGGAUAUGGUGAAGGUGGAACUGAACACGGUGCAGACGAACAUCCUUAUGGUCUACCUGGAUUCGACGAAGAUCAGCGCGACGGAUUUCCUGCAGAGAUUGGCCGAUGUCCACGAGAACGACACGUUCAAGGUGAACGUGAGGGCGACGACCAGAGACCAGAGCUGCGUUCGUUUCGUGCUUUACCACGAGAUCACCGAUGAGGACGUCGAGAUGGUCGUCAAGAAGUUGGAGUUGGUGAUUCUCGAGAUUCACGCCAAGAACAAGCUGAAAUCGGUCUAACA